GCUUGUUGACAAUUUCUUGCUCGUUUAAUAUUUUCAUUUAGAACUGUUUUGAAUUGAAAAAAGUGCAUUGUUGCAACUUAUCUCAAACAAGAAAAUAUUCAGUUUUCAUUUUUAAUUUUUUAGCCAAUUUCGUAUCGGCUAAAUACCUCAUUCAGCACAUCUGAUAUGGAGGACCAGAAGAAGAAAAGCUGCUUGGGUCUAUUCUGCUUCCCUCUUACACCAUAUCACCAUGCACACCUCAAGUUGAUCGAGUUUACAGGAAGUUCAGCUUCAAAGCAGAACACGCCAACAUGCGGACGUACUACUUUGCUGCUGACACUCAGGAGAUUAUGCUGCAAUGGAUGCAUUGCAUGAGCCUUGCUUCUGUCUUGCAGGAUCGACCAACUAGCUAUGAGGAUCCUCGUGUGAUCACUCACCAACCAACUAAUGCUCAACACAGUCCUGGUGAUGAAAGUGAUGCUGGAUUUGGCACCUGUCGACCAAGGUUAGCUGUUUCUGGAAGCAUGAAUGGAUGGCAGAGCCCCCUUCUGCAGCAGCAGCAACAGCAGCAGCAACAACAACUUAAUGCUCUUGAUGAUCGUAGCUUUCAUCAUCACCUGUAUGCCAAUGCUCCGCCCAAGCCUAGGCGCCUGGCUAAUGAAGACAUGGGCUCCUCCAGCGAACAGUCACCGGAACAUCACCAGAAUUUAGGAGCACAGCCUCAGCAACCGCCUCGACUGAUGCAAUCGAACUAUCAGUUCAACCCAGCUGCAAUGCCACAAGUCCAGUCACGCCUUGUUAUGUCCCCUAACAAUGCAGAGCGACGGACUCCUGACACAUACAGCCGUCCUGCAGGAUCAAUGCAGGCCACUCUAAACAAUAAAGUCAAGCCAACUGAUUAUGAAGACAUCUAUAAUAGUGAACGGAGGCAGAUGGAAAACCAGUCAUGGACUAAUAAGUUUGGACAGCAGGCCUAUCUUCAAACUGGUGGCCAGAGCGCAACUAUUAUUACUAAAGGAUAUGAAGCAACUUACAAUUCACGCCCUGAAGAAAAGCAGCAACUAACACUUCUUGGACAGAGUCCUCGUAAACAACCACCAAGGCCACACAGUGCUGAUUUCCUUGAUUAUGAUGCUCGCAGACAUGAGGAUGGCAUGGAUAUCACCAAAAGUCCAGAACCACAAGUAAGAGGGUCCAGAUCUCAGCUUAAUUCGCAACCCCCACGUCCAAAGUCAAGUCUUGAUAUCAUGCGUGAUCCUGACAAUCUGUAUUGGUCAGAAGAAGGCUAUGCUCAGAAAAUGCGUCAGUCAGCUUAUCUUCUCCAGCAGGGCCCUGGUGGUGCUCUUCCCAACCCACAAGCCCCCAGUCGUAGUAAUUUCCCAUCCUUUUCAAACAUGCUCCAAUCCCAAAGCUCCUCUAGAGUCGCUGAGCUUGCUGCUAAUCGAGUUCUCUCCCCCUCUGCUGAACUUUUAAGGGAGAGUGAACAGCAGCACAUUUUGAACAUGCAACGAAGACAACAGCAGCUUCUUGAGGAGCAAAAGGUAUUACAGCAGCAGUUAGAGUACCAGAAACAGCAGAGCCAGCAGGAACAGCUGCAAAGGCAGCAGAUUGAGGAGGAAGAGGAGCGACAGCUUCUAUCAUACUAUUCAGAGAUGCAGUCGCCAAUGACACAACAACCUUUCAUGCGAUCAGCCAGUGCUCGACUUCCUCGUCAGAAAUAUGACAGUGAGAGGGAUGAUGAGGAGGAAGGGUUCAAACAGAGAAGAAAUAGUGGAAGUGGCAGUGGACUGUAUUCUCACAGGCGAUCAGGUGCUGAGUAUGGAAGUCAAAAGUUUCAACAGUACUCUGCUGUAAGCACCACACCAGACUUAUCCACCCCUUCCUCCCUAGAGGCAACUACACCACGUGAGGAGUCAAUGAAGCGUCUGCUGGAAUGGAAGCAACGCAUGUUGCAGUCUCCUCUGGCACGCAAGCCGUCUGGUUCUGCAACAAGAGGUGUAAACUCAGCCCAAAACCAACUUUCUAAUUAUUAUAAGCAGCAAGCACUACGUGAACUUGCUGAUCAAGAGCGUAGGGCACAAGGCUUGUCAAGGCACCUCAGUCAAGAUGCACUUCAUGAUGGGCCUUACAGCUCAAAGCUAAUGGAUAUGCAAGCUCUGGUGGAUGACCAGGCAGGAUCAGUACCUUGGAGCACUGAAAUGCUAGAUUCCCAAGAGGCUGCAGAUUUCCUUGCCCAGAAAAGUCAGGAAGAUUCUGGGAAAAUGUCUCGGAGUCGAAGUCAAGAUGGGCGCAGGUCUUCUGCAUCCAAUAGAUACACAAGUUACUCCUCAGAUGAAGACAUUGGAGACGCCCGUGAGUCCCGCAAACGGUCCCGGAGACCAUCCCAGUCAAACAGAUCAAGGCGCAGCAGUACUGAGGAGAAGAUUUCCCGGAAAGCUGUGUCUUUUGAAUCCCCCACCGGUGGAGAAGAAGCACGGAACAAUUUCCAGCAUGGAAACAGUCAGUUAGCUGACACUGACACAUCAAGAGAUAUCAGUCAGAGAGGAUAUAAUGAAUGGAAUAAUACGGUGGAAAGGCUUAGUAAUAUGGAGACUUCCUCAAGGAGCAUGGAAAGUCACCGUGGACUGUAUGAAGACCGGUACUUCUCUGGGAAGUGCUCUGACAGUGGUUAUGAUACCCUUCAGAAUGGAGUAGGAUUCAAUACUGGAACUGAUACGCUUCACAGAAGCCAUUUAAGAUUAAAACCACAAGGACUGGAACAACAACUGAGUCCACAAAAACAUUCAUCUUCCUGUAAUUCUGAAACAAAACUGGAUGAAACAGCAAUCGUCAAGGAAUUUUCAUUUCAGUAUGUGAAGAAUAAAACGCAAAACAAUCCUAAUUUACUAGAAGGAACUAAAUCUCUGUCUAGAAAUUUAGUUUCAAAUCGAAAAAAAAUGUUUGAGGACCAGCUUUGCCCAAGUGGAGGUUCUCAGGGAUCAUUAGAAUAUUUAAAUGAAAUUCCUGAACACCAAAUUCGCUCAAGAUCAAUUCUGAUCAAUUUUGUCUUUGGUGACGAUUCCUUCAAGGAACUAAGGAACCAGUUAUGGAGGAACCAAAGUACCCCAAAUCUGUCAAAGAUCUACUAGCAGACUUUGAGAGGAAGUCAAAGUUAGCUAAAGAGAAAGCUGCUGAACUCGAACGGAAGUCUGAAGAAGAAGCAAGGAGAUACGUCUUCAGUGACACUGAAACCUUAAUGUAUGACACCUCAAGUG